GUAAAAGAAAUCAAUAUCGAAUAAUAAAAUUAGUCGGCCGUUCAAACAACCUCUUUUGUUUGUAGAGUUAGAUUUAAAACGUUGAUAUGGCAACCACCUUGUUUAUUUUGUUGUUUCACAUGUCAGCAAUGGCGGACAAUAACAAGAUCGACGAAGGUACCGCGGAAGAGAAAUCAGAAACGGAAGAAAUAAAUACCGACGAAAAUGUUGCUGGAGACGGCCGAGUGAACAUAGAUGAAGAGAGAAUGGAUAAAAGCGAGGAAGUUGAAAACAUAUUAAGUACAGGGGGAAAGGAUUUGCAUGUAUUAGACGAAGGAGAAGGCGGCGGAAACGUAGAAGCAGACGUGGAAGAAUAUGGAGGAGGCGUGGAAAUGCCAGAGCAAGAAGCGGUAGAUGUGACAACAGAAGAAAUAUUGGGUAGCGAUAUAGGGGAAGAAGAAACAUUGGGGAGAGAUGUAGAGGAAGAAGAAAAACUAGGGGGAGAGGUAGAGGAAGAAGAAGUAAAACUAGGGAGGGAUGUAGAGGAAGAAGAAGAAAAAGUAGGGGGAGAGGUAGAAGGAGAAGAAAAACUAGGGAGGGAUGUAGAAGCGGAAGAAGAAAAACUAGGGGCAGGGGUAGAAGAAGAAGAAAAACUAGGGAGGGAUGUAGAAGCGGAAGAAAAAUUGAUGGAAGAUGUAGGGAUAGAAGAAAAACUGGAGGGAGCUGUAGGAACAGAAGGAAAACGAAAGGGAGCUGUAGGGACAGGAGAACUGACAGCAAAUGUAAGGGUAGCAAAAAAAAUGCAGGGAUAUGUAGCGGGAGAAGCAAGUAUUGAAGACGAACACGCGGUGGAAUGGGGAGAAUAUAGCGACUCGAAAAUAGCAGUUGAUGAAGAUAGCCAGGAACCUGGAUCAAAACCAGUGCCUCCAGAAAUGCCAAGGAAUGGAGGUGACGAUCCAGGGGAUAAGCCAGAAUAUUUGGAUGAAUACGAUCACCAGAAAAAGACUUUUCCUAAUUUAGCAUUGAACAUUAGUUGGUCGUUUGGUUACAACAAAAACAUUCCUGUCCAGAAUCUCACAGAUGACAAUCGUUCCAUGGUGGUCUAUGCCAGUUCUCACAUUUCAGUGAUGUAUGACUACGUGAGCAACAAACAGUGGAUCUUACAGGGUCACGCAAAUUCUAUCACCUGUAUCUACGUAAGUCAGAACAAGAAGUGGCUGGUAACUGCUGACAAAGGCAAGGAUAGUGCUGUCAUCAUAUGGGACACGUAUACCUAUAUUCCUAUUCAAACACUGUUUGGUGCCAGUGCUGAUGGCAUGACAGCUAUAGCCCUCACACCCGACUCAAAAUACCUCGCCACGCUCUCAGCAAGUGAAUAUCAAGAAUUUUCCCUUUGGGACUGGACUGUAAAUGGAGAGAAGCCCUUAAUCUCAGUAAAUCUGACACCACUCUAUGGACUACAGAACUACAUCUAUUUCAACCCAGAAGAUUACAACCAAAUUGUCACCAACAGUGAGAGUCAUGUGAUAUUCUAUCAGUUGGUGGAGGUGAGUAGUACUGUUCAUAUAACGUUACAGGUAAGGGUGUUGGCCCUCACAGACCCAAUUCUCUGGGAAGAGGUGAUCCAUCUUAGUCUAAAAAAAGUUGGUGAAAUAACCUAUGUUGCUAACAAAAAGCCCUUGAAAAUCAUCAAACUUGUAACAAGUGGUAUCAAUGUGUUAAGCGUUAUGUAUAACAACAUUGUCAUUGGUGAUAUGGAAGGUAGAGUGAGUUUCUUCAACCAAAAACUGAUGCUGAUGCAUCGGUACAGUAAUUUUGAUCUGGGACCUGUCAACUUUAUUUCUUUUUGUCCCCUAAGUAAAAAUAUCCAACACCCUGAAAAAUACCCACGCUCUUGUACUCUCGCUGGUGAACCUUUCAUAUCUCCAGACUUUAUUUUGUCUUCAACCAAUGCGUUAUGUGGUUUUGUCAAAGCAGAGGGGCCAACAAUCACGUUAAUUAUGAAGGACCAUGGAAGCAUUGUACCAGCAAUUGCUACACACCCAUUUAGACCAUAUCUGCUGACCGGUUGUCAUGGUGGGUUUCUCCGACUGUGUGAUUACGAGAAGAAAACAGUGCUGUCUUCUCGUCAGUUUGAAGAUGCGAUGAUACAGUGCUGUGUUUACAGCCCCGAUGGCUUUUACGUUGGUGUUGGUUUUACAAAUGGAAUGAUACACAUACUGGAUGCCUUGACUUUAACCAGCCAAGAAUCCGACAUUCAUCAUUAUUGCUCAGAUUAUAUCACACAUCUUGCCUUCUCUGAACACUCAAGAUAUCUUGCCAUCGCUGAUUCCGGCUACGCAGUGUGUUUGCUACAAAAAGAAGGUGAUACAUUCCGCUACAUUGGUCGUUAUCGUUCCCACUACCAACCCAUCCGUGACUUAAUGUUCCGGGAGACAUUUCAGUCGUUGGUUCCAGUUCUCUUGUCGCUUGGAGAAGACAGAAGAUUAGUUGAAUAUGACAUUUUGCCUGACAAUGCUGAAGGAGUGCAGCUCCUGUCUGUCGACCGUAUUGAACAGAGUGCCAUCCCCCUUUGCAUGGCUUGGUAUCCUUCUUUUACCAAGGAAUAUUUUAUAUUAACUGUCAACAAUGAGUACAAAUACAAGCUGUAUAAUUCAUCUACGAAAAUGUGCAGACAGACAAUUCUUUCCCCUACAUAUGGAUCACCAUUAACCAAAAUCAUUGUUCUACCAAAAACAGAAAGUGAAGCCAACUCUAGAUACAUGGCUUUCAUCACAACAGACAAAAUUGGUCUCCAAGUGCUACCAAUUGAUGGUAACAGACAUAAAUCCACGGCUUUCAUCGCACAUCCUGACGGUGUGGCUAACGUAUCUGCCAGUUAUGAUGGGAAAUAUUUGUUCACAACCAGCCGAAAGGAUGCCUCACUACACAUGUGGAACACCAAUAUAAGCGCCUUGGAAGCACAAGUGAAACUGGGUGGCGAAGAUCUGAUCCCAUUCUAUGAACUCAUAGAAGGUGGAAGAGAAGGUGAUGUAUUUCACGACCUUGAGAAAUAUUUCUACUACUCUCAGCUCAGAUGUUCCGGCAUUGACUCCAUGGAAACCAGACCUGUGACAACAACCAUCCCAAUCACAGAAAUACCAUUUGUGCUGAGGGCAAUGGGGUUUUAUCCAACUGAAGAGGAGUUGGCAAACAUAGACAACGAGGUAAAAUUUACUGAUUACGUGGAAACUGAAACGUUUAAAGAAAGCAUAAAUAUUGGUGAUUUUCUAAAAUUGUUAAUUAACCACCGGCCGCUGGUGCCACCCUCUACUGAACAGUUGAAGUGGGCCUUUGAUAUUCUUGCCACAUGUGAUGACGAUGGAGGUACACCUUGUUUAUUGACUGAGGAAUUGAUAGACAUCUUACAGACUGAAGGUGAACACAUGAAGUCAGAUGAACUGUGUGAGAUACUGGCCGGUCUAAGCCUGCCUUCCAAAACAGACUAUGACGAUGACACAGUGACAGUUCCCAGACUCAGCGAGGAAGAACUCACCCUGAAGAUCUGCAGGAAUUUACCAGAAUAUAUAUCAGCACCUGAAUUUGCAUCAAAACUUCUUGGCUUACGAAAUCUUGAGUUUUCUGAAUAAACAGAAUAUUCACUUUUGUGAAUGGGUCUUAUGAA